AUGGUCCAGUGGUUCAAACCAGUGCUAUUGCUGGCAGCUCUGCUGGUGACCGCUGAAAGUGCAUCGAGAAGAAACAAGUACGAAGUCAGUGUCAAACAUGGUCCCUUCGAGAUCCACCAGAGGCACGUGAAUGCGAAGCCAUUCAAGGAGCCCAGUCGGGAUAAGACGGGGUCAAUCGGUCAGAAUAAUCCACAGAUUGGGUACCGGAAGGAAGUGUCUCGAUCGGAAGAGAUCUAUGAACCACGGAAAAAAGGUCGCAAACGUGAUGAAAAGUGGGAACCGAAGAUGAGAAGUGGAACUCAACGUCAUGGAUCUAGUAGUAAUCGAGGUAUGAAGAAUUCGAAGUUGAGUGGUUCCUGGAGUUACACGACGACUUUUGAACCAUCGACGGAGCCUAGUACGACUAACGCUCCAAUGUAUUCCCAAUUUGGGCAACGGCAGCCUGGAGUAGCGAGAAAAACGACAACGACUCAGUUACCUCAUCAGGAGGAAAAUUGGAUAUCUAGUACGCCCAUCUAUCAGAAUUAUGAGAAGACCGAACGGUUCAUUGAUCCCAACCUUUCGCAUCAUGAAUAUGUGCCAGACUUUAGAAAAAUGCCUCUUAAACCCAUCACCUUUUACAAAACACAGAGUGAAAGCUACGGGAAAAUUCGAAAUCAUGAACCAAUCCAGAGCUCUGAGGAGAAUGAUUUCCAACGGACGACGGUGGCUCCUCAGACUGAGCAAAAUUUGAUCGUCGUUAAUCCAGUCACUCCCAGUGUCCUUUUCCGUAAUCCUCAGCUGCGAGUUCCAUUUAACAGUGACAAAAUCGGUCCCACUCAAUUUAUUCCACCUCCGAAAGAAACAACCUCUACAACGGCAGCUCCCACAACCACCACUACGACCACCACCACAGUUGCACCAACCACUACUACUGCUCCAAGCCGCCCGCAAGAAGUUUCCAUCAACGAAAUUGAUGACAGUAACACCAUCUACCUGUUGGUCAAAUACGAGAAACCUCACAACGGUAAACAAGCAAAAGCCAACGUCCUAGAGAUUCUCGGAAAACAUAGCCAAGUCGUUCAGAACAUAGGACGUAGCCAACUGAGGAAAGACUUCAAUCAAUAUCCAAACAUGGAAGAAACAGUUCGGGAAAGCUUGAAAAACGUCAAUCUGAAUAGCGUGGAGGUGACAACUGCCGGCUAUUCCGUUAGCGAGAAUUUGGGAAGUGACGAAAACAAUCAAAUUUCAACCCCCUUGGCCCUCGUGGGACCUCCCAUGCGAGGAGAUCAAACGAAUCAAGCGAACCAGAAUAGACUGCCUUCAGGUUUUCCAAUCCAGCAGAAUCUCCUUGCUCAAAACUAUUUGCAACAACAGCAGAAUAGCAACGGUCUUCAGCAUAACUUCCAGUUCACUACCACCCAACCUAACCGGCAGGUUACUCAAGAUAUCCAAAGACCCGUUCAAAUCCAAAACCCACAAGCCUUCCAGACCGGAUUCAUUGUUCCCACGACAUUCUGGGGUCUCCAGAUGAAUCAGGUACAGCAGCAGCAGCCACAGCUAGGCUACAUUCAGCACAAUGCGUUCCGCAUUCAGCAUAUGCCAGGGCAACAACAGUUCGGUCAGAUGCAAAACAACAACAACCAACAAACAGUUCCCAAUAGCCAACAGGCGUCUCAAAUCAAGCUGGAAGAUCAAGGUGACCCAAGGAUCCAACUUGAUCGUAGCUCGAAAACUCCCGUCGAGGAACCUAGCGGAAAUUCACUGCAGCAGAACUCCCAAUCGGAGGAAUACAGUGAACCUACCCUACGUGAUAGCUACGGAAAGUACGUGAGUGAAGACUAUCAGGAUUACGACGAAGCCAAAGGGGCACGACGGCCUGAUACGCAGAAUACGGAAGCGAUUGUAUCCUCAAUGGAAGCCAUCAACGAAACUACAGAUCCUCUGGAGUUGACGCGAAUUUUGGUAAGCCGCAAUGGAGGACUCACUGUUGAGCAGUUCAAUAGACUGUUCAAGGAUUAUCUGGACAAAGAGCUGACGGAGAGUGAUUUGGAUAGUUACGAGCAUGUUUUAGAGGCUGCUGGUGGUUCGGGCAGGUCUAGUUCUGGAACGCAGGAUGGGCAAUCGAUCAUGGCGAUGGCAGAAAGUGGCGAAUCCUUUGAGCAGAACCAACAACAACAGCAUGAUAACUUCGGACGCGAUGUUUCCGGUUCAUCAGAAGCAGAUGACGAAAUCCGAGUGCAGAUUAAUAAAAUUGGAGGUCGACAGGAGCCGAUCGUGAAGAUAGGAUACGGGAGUUCCAAGUCCCAUCAGGGAGUGUACAAAUCACCAAAGUUCUUCGAAAAGCUAAGAGAGAGCAGUCGAGAGGAGGAUCAGACGGAGCAAUGGGAAGCACCGGAACCACCGCAGCAGUCUGGACCUAGGGGAUUUGAGGAUAAUCCUGUGUUUGGAUUUUCGGCUCUCAAAGGAGGAUCCAGGCAGCAGCAGCAGCAGCAGGAGAACAACCAGAAGUUCGAAGAAUCGCAGAAGCAGCAAGAGCAGCAGGAGAAUAGCGUAAGAGAAGAACCUACCAACAGUGGCCAUCAAGGAGGACUAAGUUAUAUUAAGUUCGAAAAAUUUAAUUGA